CACUUAUUCCAUCUUUAUAUUAAACUUUAUUGUUAUGUACAUAUCUAUGCUUAUAUAAGGGGGGAAAGGGACUCCCAACUUUCAAGUCACAAGCACUAGUCAGCCUAAACAACAUCAACCAAUUUGCAGGAGAAGAAAAAAAUGGCAACCGUUGCGUUAGAUCCAAGUCCAAGAGUCCAAAUUGGCAGAGACCAGCACCAGCAUGGGCCAGUCAUUGAAGAAAUUGAAGGCCUGAUUAAGGUCUACAAAGAUGGGCAUGUAGAGAGACCACAAAUUAUACCUUGUGUCACAACAGCACUGCCUCCCAAACUCAAUGUUACUUCGGGAGACGUUCUCCUAGACAUUUUCACAAACACUUGGUCUCGUUUUUACGUCCCGACAUCAUUUCAACCAAAUAAGCUCCCUCUAAUGGUCUAUUUUCACGGCGGCGGGUUUUGCAUAGGUUCCGCCGCUUGGAGUUGCUACCAUGACUUCUUAGCACGGUUGUCGGCGAAAGCAGGGUGCGUAAUCAUGUCCGUUGACUAUCGAUUAGCUCCUGAAAACCCUCUCCCGACGGCUUACGAAGACGGAAUAAAAGCUCUUAUGUGGUUGAAACAACAAAUUCUGUGCCGAUCGGGUGAAUGGUGGUCUAGACAAUGCGAUUUGUCUAGAGUUUUCGUCGCAGGUGAUAGUGCCGGUGCCAAUAUAGCGCACAACGUGGUGACGCGACUUGGUUCGUGCGAGUCCAGGGCCUUAAAUCUGAAAGGGACGAUAUUGAUACAGCCGUUUUUCGGGGGAGAGACACGUACGCAGUCAGAAAAGUGUUCGGCACAGUCAACGCGGUCAGCUUUAAGCUUGGGGGCUUCUGAUACGUAUUGGAGACUGGCGUUGCCACGUGGGAGUAAUCGUGACCAUCCAUGGUGCAAUCCUAUGGUGACAAAAUUGGAGGAAUUGAAGGUUUUGCCUACAAUGGUUUGCAUAUCGGAGAUGGAUAUAUUGAAAGAUAGGAACUUGGAGUUGUAUGGAGCUUGGCGUAGAGCUGGUAAGAAAGUGGAGUGUGUGGUUUAUAAAGGUGUAGGACAUGCGUUUCAAAUUCUAAACAAGUCUCAGCUCUCACAAAUUCGAAGCCAGGAAAUGAUGUCUCAUAUCAAGACCUUUGUAAGUGGAUUAUGAUGUCCAUCAUGAAAAACAUACAUCCAAUUGGAUCACGUCUCAAUCGUACAUAAGGACUAGGUAUGUAUCACCAUGUAAUAUAUGUCUAUAUUAGGGCAAAAGUCAUGGACACCUCCUAUGGUUGCAACCAUUUCGACUUGCACCCCGUUCGAUUCAAAUUGAAAGAAUUACACCCUU